AUGGACUUGGGACUUUGCUAUUCUGGUUAUCCCGCGGUACUAGAGGGAUAUAGUGAUUCAGAUUGGAUCUCAGAUGCUGAUGAGAUCAAAGCCACUAGUGGAUAUGUCUUCACACUAGGUGGUGGUGCUAUUUCAUGGAGGUCUUGCAAACAGACCAUUUUGACGAGGUCAACCAUGGAAGCAGAGCUUACGGCUCUAGAUACUGCUACUGUUGAGGCAGAAUGGUUGAGAGAUCUACUAAUGGAUCUACCAAUUGUUGAAAAACCUGUGCCAGCUAUCCUAAUGAACUGUGACAAUCAAACUGUGAUUGUUAAGGUGAACAGUUCUAAGGAUAAUAUGAAAUCGUCUAGGCAUGUGAAGAGACGAUUGAAGUCUGUCAGGAAAUUGAGAAACUCUAGAGUUAUAAUGUUGGAUUACAUCCAAACAGCUAGAAACCUGGCAGAUCCCUUUACUAAGGGGCUAUCACGGAAUGUGAUAGACACUGCAUCAAAGGAGAUGGAUUGCCAUGAGCUGGAAUACCUACCAGAAGAUUUUGGGAAUAUUUGUAAACUUGCGGUUUUGGACUUGUCUGGUUGCUACAAGAUUAAAGUGCUGCUAGAAACUUUUUGCCAACUUAUGGGUUUGAAAGACCUUAAUCUUUCAGACUGCCAUGGACUACAACAACUCCAUGAAAGCUUUGGUGAUCUUUCUGAGAUCCAAUCAUUGAACCUCACAAAUAGCAUUAGUAAGAUGACUAGUCUCAUCGAGCUUAACAUUGCUACAGGACAACAAAGAGUGCUUGAUAAGGUCCAAAGUAUUAGAGAACAUCUAAAUUUGCCUAGAGCUAUAAAACAUGAUGUACAUGAGAUGGAAAAUGUUGGUUCUAGUAGUAUAGUGGAGCUUGGGCGACUGCAUUGUCAUGAGCUGAUAGUCCAUUGGGAACAUGGUGGCAUAAGAAAUGUGGACAAGGAUAAAUUGGUGCCGGAGAACCUCGUACCUCCACGGACUCUUGAGAGCUUUGGAUUGUAUGGGUACAUGUGCAAGGAUUUUCCUACUUGGGUGUCUGGCAUCUCCUCAUAUCUCCCUUAUCUCAUGUGCCUUAGGCUCGCUAAUUUAGCAAAAUGUGAUCAUCUUCCUGCAUUUGGACAGUUGCCAAACCUAAGAAAUUUCUGUAUGGAGGACAUACCUAGCGUCAGGAAAAUUGGGAGGGAGUUCUAUGGAGAUGAAGGAAAUUGUAAGAAAUUAAAGGUUAUUCGGUUGGAAAGAAUGGAUAACUUGGAAGAAUGGUGGACAACACGGUCUGGUGAAGAAGAUAAAGAGUUCUUAAUCCGGUCUGGUGAAGAAGAUAAAGAGUUCUUAAUCCCUAAUUUGCAUCUUCUGCAGGUUACUGACUACCCAAAGUUGAGUUUCCUACCGUGGGGCAGACUUGAACACCUUGCCACCCUUGAGAUCUUUUAUGCUAAAGGCUGCAGUGGCUCCCGGACCUUGCUAGACAUCAUUAAGUGCUUCCUCUCCCUUAGAGUGCUACAUUUGAUUUCUCAAGAGGACAUGGAAAUAUUGCCGGAAUGGUUAGGGCAGCUCGUUUCCCUAGAUGAAAUUAACAUCGAUAAUUGCCGCAAUCUAACAUCUCUACCUAAAAGCAUACAAAACCUUCCUGCCUUAAGAGAACUGUGGUUGCGGGAACGCAAAGGGCUGGAGAUACUGCCAGAAGGGCUGGGGCAGCUCGCUUCCUUGAAAAAGCUUCUCAUUAUGGAUUGCCCCAAGUUGACUUUUCUCCCUGAAAGCAUGAUGAAUCUUACUGGCCUUGAAGAGCUAUGGUUGGGAGGUUUCAAUAGCCUACCGGAAUGGAUAGGGCAGUUGAGUUGUCUAAAAGAAAUUAACAUCUUUGAUUCCCCCAACAUGACGUGUUUGCUAGAGAGCAUGCAGAACCUUAACAACCUGAAGAAACUUUACAUUUGGAACUGCCCAAGACUGAUCGAGAGGUGCCGGGAGGAGGAUGCCAACAAGAUUUCUCACAUCCCUAGAGUUAUAUUAGAUGGCAAAAGAGUCAUACCAGGGCAAGCAAUCGAAGGGCCAGAGGAGUCUGUGGACAUGGCUGCUUUGACUUUAGAUUCGCUUUACACUAAACUCAAAACUCAUGAGAUGAAUAUUCUAUCCCGUAAAGUUGAGUCUAAGUCUAAUGCUUUGGGUUCUGCUGCAUCGUCUUUCGAUAAUGGCUCUUCUUCAUUGGCACUUAAUGCUUUUUCUGCUUUUAACGUCAUGUCCGAUGAUCAACUCGAGCAACUCGAGGAGGAGGACUUGGCUGCGCUUAUUAACAUGUUGUCUCGAGCUAUGAAUAAUAUCAGGUUCAAGAAAAGAGUAGGUCCAGUUCGUUGCUUUGCAUGUGGAGGGCUAGAUCACAUCCGAUCUCAUUGUCCCAAGCUAGGGAGAGCGAAGAAGGACGACAAUGGAGACAAGUUCAAGGAUGAUAAGCCGAGGAGUUCAUUCAGAGGAAUGAGGUCAAAGAAAUCUCUCAAGAAGAUGUUGGAUCAAGUCUGCGCCGCCUUUGAGCCACUAAGCGAUGGAGAUGGAGAUAAUGAAGAAGAUGAAAAUAAAGGAAGGCACAUCUCCGGUGUUUGCCUCAUGUCGCGUGAUGAAUCAGAUUCAGAGGGUGAGAACAAUAAGCACAAGAUGUUAUUAAAAUGUCAUACUUUUGCAGAGGGAAUCAGAGUGAGGAGAAUUCUUGCGCAGGACAGAUCUUAA